AUGUACGUGAAUUUGGUGCGGAUACGUUUUCAUAUGAUUCGUCAAUGCUUUUUUUGUAAAUACUGCGAAAUUAAAGUUAACUGUGAAAAAAGAUUCAACGUAACACAGCAUCUGAAAACGGAAAAACAUACCAAAGCAAUUAAACGCCGACAGGAAAAAACAGAAAAAACACAACAACUUCUUAUGAAUUCAAGUAAAAAAUCAUCUUUCAACAAAGAUUUAUGUCAUGCUCUAUUAUCUGCUAAUAUACCUUUAAAUAAACUUUCAAACAAUACAUUUCGUAAUUUCUUGGAAACUUAUACGGGAAAAGAAAUUCCAACGGAAGCUACUUUAAGGCAAGGCUAUGUCGAUGAUUUAUACGAUGAAACAGUUGAAAAAAAUAAAAUCGGAAAUUUUAAAUAA